AUGGUAUUAUUAAAUAUAUCCCACAAACACGAAAACAAGGCUUGUGUCAAAUAUAAAACCAUAGCAAACUGGGAGAAUACGUAUAAGCACCUUGUAGAUAUAGAUAUAUCUUUUCUUAGUGCACAUAGAGACCCAAACAUUCUAGCUGACGCGAUGAUAGGCUUGAUUAGGACAUCCCUCCUCCAAAACACUAAAGUUGUCUCAGUGUCCAGCUCCAAGCGAACUUUAAAGCCCUGGAUAACUAUGGGCGCCCUAAGAUGUAUUAGGUUUAGAAAUAAAUUGCAGCUACAAAAGAGAAAAGACCCUUUUAACGUUAUAUUGAUUAUAACUUACAGGCGUUUUCGCACAUAUUGUUCUAAUCUUAUUAAAAAACUCAAACGACAGUAUCAUAAAAAUCAGAUUUUAAAUUCUUUAAAAAAUCCUAAACUACUCUGGCGUAAAAUUAAUGACAUUACACAUUAUAAAAAACCCAAGGCGUCUAGUAUACACCUACUGCAUAUCACACCACAUCCUCUUGACUCUUUAAACCGUGUAAACCAAUUCUUCGCAACUAUUGGAAAAAAACUUGCGGAUGAAAUCAUAACCCUAACUGGACAAGCAUCUAGAUCUGUCACUUACUUAAAUUCAUUAUCUCAAAUUAACUCGUUCGUCCUACUUGAGACAGAUCCGGCAGAAGUGGAUAGCAUACUUGGAUCACUUGACUCAGAAAGUGCUUCGGGGUGGGAUUGCAUACCUGUGGGUUUCCUUAAAUUAUCUCGAGAACUAGUCGUUCCUCUUAUUAGCCAGUUGAUUAAUAUGUGUUUCGAAACGGGCGUAUUUCCUGAUGCGCUAAAACGUUCUAUAAUUACGCCCGUGCACAAAGAUGGGGACAAGAGUGAUGUUAACAAUUAUCGGCCGAUAUCUGUCUUAACAUCCCUUUCAAAAAUAAUAGAGAAAAUAUUAAACAAAAGGCUAGUAAGUUAUUUAAAUAAAUACAACAUUAUUUCAGAUUCACAAUACGGUUUUAGACAGAGACGGUCAACUCAGGAUGCGAUCAUUGCGUUAACAUCUGAAAUCGUUAAUAAGAUAGACAAUGGUUAUAAAUGCGUUACGGUGUUUCUAGACCUGAAAAAGGCUUUUGACACUGUAUCUGUUCCCAUCCUUGUGCAGAGACUUGAAGCUAUAGGGAUAAGAGGUAAAGCUCUCUCCCUCUUUGACAGCUACCUCCGAGGUAGGAGACAGCAAGUUAAAAUAGAUAACUUGCUUAGUGAGGAGGAAAACAUUAUUUACGGUGUCCCACAGGGCUCGGUUCUCGGCCCAUCACUGUUUCUAGUGUAUAUUAAUGAAUUAUGCAACCUACGAAGCAGUGGUGGGAAAACCUUCUCCUACGCGGACGACACGGCCAUCGUUUACAUUGGGGACUCGUGGGAAGAAGUAUGCAAUAAUGCCGAGCAAGGAUUAGUUGUUAUAGAUAGAUGGCUCAAAGCCAGUCUGCUAACCAUUAAUGUGAUUAAAACGAACUACGUUUGUUUUUCUCCUAGUUUAAGAUCUAAACCAGGCCUCAAUUUUAAAAUUAGAAUACACACGUGUGCGGACCACUUGAACCAUAAUUGUAAUUGCCAGGUCCUUAAACAUAUAACGUCCACAAGAUACUUGGGAAUUAUAGUUGACGAUCGUGGGGUUGACCAAUUGAUACCGUCAGUCACCCGGCAAAACCAACGAUGUAUCAAUUGUUCAUUUUUGAUACCCAGAAACCUACGUACACAUUCAUUAGAACAAGCGUCUACUCCAAUGAUUAACUUGUUACAGUCGUGGAUAACUCCUACUCAGUUGUCUUCAGAAUGCGUACUUUGUACAGAGUGUUUGACACUGCUUCAAGAUAGAGCAAACACAAUCAGUGAAGGAUUGCCUGCUUUUGGUCAUAGAAAAUUAUGUUUUUCUUGUGGCAAUUCUAUUCUACGUGCAACUAGAACAUAUCCUGUAAGACAAGAUCGACAAGAGAGAAACAUUUUAGUUAGACGUGUUCCGCUGCAUUUGAUCUCAAGAUUGGAAAGAGUAUGUGCUGCUUGCUGGAGAUCAGCUGUAAAAGAAGUGCAACGUCAUGAUCAGCACGACUUCAAUCGCCCUGGUCUGUCAGAUGCUGGACCAAGUGGGGAUCUCAAUAUUCCUGAGCCACCCCCUCUUCCACAACAAAACCUACACACUGUUACACUACACACUACACACCAAGUUAGAUCAAAUUCAACAAUUAUAUCUUCUACGUAUAAGCGUGCCGCUAGCACAUCCAAUCACUGUAUAUUUGUUAAUUGUUUUGAAACAGAACGUUUACUGAUACCCUCAUCUAUAAAGAAUCUGUUAUUACUUAAUUAUAAAUUGUAUGUGCCACCGACAGCACGAAUCUGUCGUCACCACCUGAAUCAUGGCCGUUGGAGCGAAUUAUCUUCCCAGUUAAGAGAUUUUACCGGUAGUCAAUUCGACACAAUUAUGAAUAUGAUGCAGCGAGCUGCCUAUUACCAUAUAGAUUUCUCAAAUAUUUUAAUUAUGCCUGCAUAUUUGUGUCAGUUUUGGCUUGGCAUGAACUCUGAUCAGUUUUAUGAUUUGUUAAACUGUAUCCCAAGUCUAGCAGGACAAGUACCAAAUGCCACGAUUGCUUUAAGUAUUUACUUAGUUAAGCUGAGAACUGGGGAUAGUAAUGAAAGGUUGGCAACUCUCUUUAAUAAAUCUCGUGUCACCUUAGAACGCUUAAUGAAUAAGGCCAGAGAGUGUUUAAUUAAUGAGUUUGUUCCAUUAUACUUAGGAUUUAAUCAUAUGACUGUUGAAGAUGUUGCUUCUAGAAAUAGAAUAAUACCAGAAGGAUUAUUUGGUAAUCCUGAUUUGCCACCUAAUUCUAAACCAGCAAUAGUCAUAUGUGAUGCUACUUAUGUAUUUAUCCAAAGUAGUUCUAAUUACUUAUUUCAAAAACAAACAUACAGUUUGCAAAAAUUGGAUAAUUUGGUCAAACCAUUUAUGAUAGUUUCUUGUGAUGGUCAUAUUGUGGAUUGCCUCGGGCCAUACAAGGCGACCACUAAUGAUGCUUCAAUUACAUGUUUAAACUUAUGUAAUGAGGAAUCUUGUUUAAGAUCAUUUUUCCGAAGGGGUGACAUUUUCAUCCUUGAUAGAGGAUUUAGGGAUGUAAUUAAUGAACUCCAAAGGUAUGGCUUUGUAGCACAUAUGCCAGAGUAUCUACUUGAGAAUGAGCAUCAAUUAACAACCCAGCAGGCAAAUCGAUCUCGUCUUGUUACUAUGUGCCGCUGGGUUGUAGAAGUGGUUAAUGGGAGGGUGAAAAGGGAUUUUAGACUCUUUCGUCAUGUUUUUAACAAUAGAGCGGCUUUGCACCUAAAGAAUGAUUUUAGAAUCUCUUGUGCCCUAAUUAAUAAGUUUCAUGUUGUUAUAGAAAACCCACCUGAAGCCUUGGAAUAUGUAAGAAUUGCUAAAGAUAGGCUUUCACUAGAGAACCAUUUAGCAACUUAUGUUGAACAGGCAAAUCUCAAUAGAAGGAGAGUGAAUUUUCAGAUGAUUAACAGCAAUAAUCCACAUUUAGAUAGAUUUCCUCAAUUGACAAUAACUGAUUUAAAACGGUUAGCUCUUGGGACCUACCAACUCAAACAGGCUACAUCUUAUUAUGGGGAACACAUCCGUCAGACUGGUAUUUAUUCAAUUGAGGUGAAUAAUACUCUUGAUGAUGAUGUACCUUUGAUAUUAGGGCUUAAUAAUUAUCUCUUAAGAGGUAGGAUUAAAUCUAGACAUGUCAACAAUCGUACUUAUCACACGUAUUUAUUGAUUAGCAGAGAUGAUGCUGUGGCUAACACAUUAGAUACCAUAGUAGGCUAUUGCUGCAGCUGCCUCAUCGGUAAGCGAACAGUUGGCUGCUGUGCUCAUAUAAUGACGAUAGUGUGGUAUUUGAGCUGGGGACGGUAUAAUGACGUAACUGCGCCGGCAUCGGCUUUAGAUAAUUUUUUUCAGGAGUAUGAUGAAUGA